GAUGACUUCAAAACUUUCGAAAAUGGCUUAUAAGAAUUGUUGUGUUGUGUUUAUAAUUUUCGCUCUAGCGAGAGUUCAAGCAGUCGGUUACGACACUGAACUUUUUGAAACAUCGGCUUGCGACAGUACUGCGUGUUUUGAUGCUCUCCAUGGGGCUCUCGGCGACUGUUCCUGUAAUGUAGAUACGAUCGACUAUUUCAAUAACGUAAAAAUAUUUCCUCGAAUACAGAGCCUUGUUACAAAAGACUAUUUCAGGUUUUAUAAAGUGAAUUUAAAAAAGGAAUGCCCAUUUUGGGUAGACGACAGCAGGUGCGCGAUGAAAUACUGUCACAUUAAAACCUGUUCCAAGGAGAGUGUCCCGGGUUAUGAUUAUGAUAACGAGCGAGAGGAGGAGAUGCCAGCUGCGAAGUAUUCGCCAGAGGCGCGAACCUCUUGCAACUCGGACACCGACCACGAUCCGGCUCUAGGUUAUUUGAAUAUGACUUUAAGUGCAGCGAGCCAGCAUGAAAUCGCCAAGUGGAAAGCUUACGACGAUUCAAUAGGGAACUUCUGUGAGUGCGAUGAUAAAGAUGCAGAUGCUGAAUAUGUUGAUUUAUCCUUAAACCCUGAAAGAUAUACAGGUUACAAGGGGCCAUCAGCGCACAGAAUUUGGAGAAGUAUCUAUCAAGAGAACUGUUUUCGACCGAAAAUCAAUCCUUAUGAAUCAUUUCCUUAUGUGUUAAGUUCAGAUUUGAGUAAUAUGUGCCUUGAGAAGAGGGUAUUUUACAGAGCUAUAUCCGGCUUACAUUCUAGUAUAAACAUUCAUUUAUGUUCAAAGUUUCUAUUAUCGGAAAAAAAGUUAGGAUUCGCAGCACCUCCUGAAGGAGAAUGGGGACCUAAUUUGGCAGAGUUCCAGCGGCGAUUUGAUCCGUCACAAACACUAGGGGAAGGUCCAAAUUGGCUGAAGAAUUUAUACUUUGUGUACUUGCUAGAAAUGCGUGCACUCGCUAAGGCUGGGCCAUAUUUGGAGCGUGAAGAUUACUUCACAGGUAAUCCUGUAGAGGAUGAAGAGACAAGGGAUGCAAUACGUAAUAUGCUAGGGGUGAUAUACAAAUUCCCUGAUCAUUUUAAUGAAUCUUUGAUGUUCAACGGAGGUAGUCAAGCUGGGAAACUCAAGCAAGAGUUUCGUGAUCAUUUCUGGAACAUUUCUAGAAUAAUGGAUUGUGUUGGGUGCGACAAAUGCAAACUUUGGGGUAAAUUACAGACACAAGGAUUAGGUACAGCCCUUAAGAUUCUAUUUUCCGGUCAGUGGGACAGUUUUGAGGGAGAUCCAGAUCAAGGAAAACUGAUAGUGAGGCAUAAGUCUCAAAAGCGUUUGCAAAGGACAGAGAUCGUUGCUCUUUUCAAUGCAUUUGCUAGACUAUCUAAUAGUAUCAGAGAAUUGGAGAACUUCCGGAAUAUGCUUAGCGCUCAUACAGAACCGCAGAAGAAAAAUAUAUUUGCAAAUGAUCCAGGGGACAUCAGGACUAAGAGCGAACAGUGCUCAGGAGGGGCGAAACCCAGGAUAUGGAGCUAAAUGAUCAUUCGCAAGAAUCCAAACAAAUAAAAAAGAUAAAACGAUUCUAAAUCCCUAUUUGUACGGCUUUACGGCUUAUACUUUAAAGGUUAAUCCCCGUGAUUACCUACUCGUCAUUCGUCAAAGAUAAAUUUGUAAAGAUAUGUAUAUAUUACUGUAUUGAGAAGAUUCUCAACCUAUAGUUAAUGUCAGUUUUUCUGAACAAAAUUUGUCCUAUGGAAAAUGUAAUAAUUAAAAUUAAUAUGUAUUUAGUUCAAUUUAACAUUAUUUUUAUGUAGUAAAGUAUAACCAACAAUUUAAAUUCGUCCAUUUCCUUAUACUGUCUUUCUAUCGCUUUUUUACAAUUUGUUUGUAAAUUCCUAUGAGCAGUUGUAUGUCAGAAUUUCAGAAACAUAGUCAUAUUUUGUGUUGGUAGUAAAUCCUUGGCGUCAUGUUGGUCGAUUUUGAUAAAUCUGGUACUUUAAUGGCGUUAUAAUUACACCACAAUACUAUUAAAACCAUUACUAUGUCAAAGAUUAACAAGUAAGGUACCAUUUAUCAGUAUCAGUUAAUUUAGAGUAUAUAUUUUUUCCAAAAGUCACAAGCGUAUGUAAACACACAUGUAUGUAUGUGUGUUAUAUGUAUUAUUGAAUUAUUGUAUUUGCAGUAACUAUGUUAUAUACAUAUAUAUAGUAUGUUACAUAUAUACUAUGUUAACAAGAGUUAACAUUUCUAUUAUGGCUGGGCACUUAUCUCUGCUCUGCUGAUUUUGACAGAUUCUGAGCUCGAAGUCGAAGUUAAUUUUAUACUAAGGCUUAAUUCCUGUUGUGUUAAUUUAUAAAUAUUUGCAGCUUUAGCUUACUAGUUUACCAAUGUUCAGUUUUUUUAAAUAUUUUACAUCAUUUUCAGAAAAUAAAAUAGCCAUAACUUUAGUAUUAUCCAAUAUGAAGUAGUGAUUUAAGAUUUAUGUCACAAAGUACGUUUUACGUUUAUACAUCACAAUUUAAAUAAAACCAGUGUUUUGUUAGGUUUACAGACUUUUAAAUAUAUCUUUCAUUGUUUUCUAAAAUGAUGGAAAAAAAAACGUUAUUGUUUCUAGAAUUCAAAUUAUCUUCUAAUUUACAUUAAAGUAUUGGUCUAACAAAAUAAAACAGUGAUGUCAUUUUGUUGUACGCCCACAUCGUGACGAAUCAUACACCAGAUUUUGUUUGAAAGUGAUAUGAAUAGAAUUUUCGAAUAAAUUUAGAAGUAACUA